AUGCACUGCAUUCGACAUCUCGGACUCAUUUUUGCCGGUUUUGCUGCAGCCCUCGUCCCCUCACCCACAGGUGGAAAACUUCGUAAUGGCUUUGUUAUUCAAUACGACAUUACGGCACAGAGCUCUGAAGGUGUGCGAUUAGCCAUCGAGAAUGGGCUUCAAGAACAUGGCUUCCACUGCUCCGUCAGUAGUUUCCGCGAGUAUAAGUCAGACAUUCUUCACGGAGCGUCUUUCUCACUGAAAUGCGGUGAAGGAGUGGCUCAACUCCAACCAUCGCUGGAUACCAUCGCUCUCGUCACUAAUGCCCAGAAUGCAUGGCGUCUUCCCUUGGAAGGGUACUCAGAAACGAAGGACAUUGGCCAUAGAAGCACCGUGCAAGUCAACAUCGACAGCACCAGCACCGCGUCGAAGGCCGCGCUGCUCCGGGCUUCGCAUGAAGACGCUGGCGUGUUACGCUUACACGAGGAGAAUGUCACUGGCAGGAACGUCCGCGUUGCCAUCAUGGAUGCCGCGAUUGAUGUGACUGCACCCGGCCUGAGCGAAACGAACAUCGCAUACACCACCAACUUGCGGACCGGCGCCAAUAACUCAGCUGGGAGCUGUCAUCCACACGGCACCGGGAAUCUUGGUAUUGCCGGUGGAAAGGGUGAUCCGAUAUGGGGCUAUACCGGUGUGGCGCCGGAUGCCAUCUUUGAAGCGAUCGCUAUCACUGACUGCGUCAACCCCGUCAACGCAGACGAUCAGGUGAAUGACUUUCUUCAGAUGUACAAACGGCAUUUGGACAUUAUUUCCAUUCCUUAUAGUUACGAGUUGGAAUAUCCUGAAGCCCCUUGGCCCGCUUUGAUAGAGCGUAUGUUCAACAACGGUACUCUUGUAACUACUUGUGCCGGCAACACUGGCCCUGGGCUGUACUCGAUUAGGGCCCCGACGGUUAGUCGCGGUGGCAUGGCUAUUGGUACCUACGAUACUUCCCUCGUUCCGAUUUACACAUGGCAAGGGAACUGGACAGCAGGCGGUGAGACUGGUCCCGUGUACUACCACCCGAGCGAUCCCACCGAUGUCCAAACCUUUGACAUGCCUGCCCAUGUCAAUUUGACACUGUGGUGGCCUGGCGCACUCGACUCUGCGGCUCUGGAGGGUCCGCAGGAUGUUGUGUCCCCUUGCCGGCCUCUUCCUCCCGACGCGAAACCCCCCUCAGAUCCGGCAACCACGAUCCUUCUCCAGUCUAGAUACGAAUGCUGGAGCGACCUCAACGAUUCGUCAUUGGAUAUCACCACCAAAUACGGAAUACCAUAUGUUAUGGGCAUCCCCCGCAUGGGUAGCACCAACCUCAGCCCUUCUGUACGUGCGGCAGUCAAUAUCGGUUUCGAUGAAGCGGCAAGGCUUGUCUCGCUGCUCGCAAAACACGGCCGCGUUGAUCUAUCCCUGCCCGGCGAUCCAUCUUCAGCCAACAUGAACCUCAGCUUCAUCCCCAACAACCAGACGGGUCUCACGCCGUCAUCUUGGACAACCUGGGGUCCGGCUCUGGAUACCCACAUGGGUGUGGCCGUCCUUGGGCCAUCGCAGUACGUCGCCAUGCCGUUCCCUGCACGCCUCGGCGGCCUCGGCCACGUCCUGUCCGUUACAACGACGGCAUUCCGGACUUUAAUGUUCGUGAUGUCAAGGCCCCGGUCCAGCAGCAAGGAGGUGGGGGGGGGGGGGGGGGUCGACGCCUGGUCUGCUGUGCGGAACGCCACUAUUGUUAACGCGACGGAUCUUGCAUUCAACGACACCGAUAACAGACCACCGUUCCUAAGUUUCACCCUCGAAAACACUGGUAUCGAGGAGCUCUCAUAUCAACUGGAUCAUGUACCAGCGGGGUCAGGUUACGUGAUCGAUCCUGCAGCCCCCUAUACCUUCUCAUUGCCAAACAUUAGCGACGCCUACGCCAACAUAUUGAUUUCUCCCACAACCCUGACUUUGAAGGGCGGCGAAUCUGCGUCCGUGGUAGUAUCGAUCCGCUCCGAGCCCGACUUGGCCAAUGCAGCAAGUCGGCUAUCAUUCUUUGGCGGUUAUAUCGAAGUCCGCUCAUCAGCUUCUGAGGCAAAUACUCUGACCGUGCCGUACACCGGCUAUGAAGGACCGCUGCUGAUCUUACCCAUCAUUGAUCGUACGCAAACCAGCUUGAUCGGGGUCAGGCUGCCGAACUUCGCACUCAUCGAUAUCGAACCCGGCAGGGUAUUCAAUGCCACCUACAACGCCAGCGUCGGCAUUGACGAGAACCCUAUCACCUAUCCCGAUGGCAUACAUCCCGCAUUUGCCUUCCAGCAAGUUGUGAGGAGUAGACUGGUGACUUAUUCAAUGGUGAACACGAAGACUGGCGAAGCACCGUUCCAUAACGACACUGUCAGUACAGACGCGGAGCCAAUGAGUGCAGCUUGGUUUUGGGGUGGCUCGGAGGACAACGGAAGAUUUGUGCCUGCUGGAACCUACGUCUGGGAGAUACUUGCGCUACGGAUGAACGGUAACCGUGAAAACCCAACUCAUUUCGAAUUCUGGAGGUCAGAUAAAUGGACCCUAGUUUACAGUCUGAAUAGUACUGGCUUGCCAACAGUAUCCCGUUGA